AUGAGGGUAUCUCCAGCGUUAACUAUUCCACCACUUCUAGAGCCUUUCACAAAUGCUGAUACAAUAUCGUAUGAGAUGCAAUGGAAGAUUCACCGAGACGGCUUUCAGCGGGAUGAGAAGAUGGUAAUCUUCGACCUGAAGUGGCAAAAAUCAUCGAAAGAUCUCUGGUUGAUUGGCUGUACCAACCUAGGAGAGAUUUGCAUAUGGAAGACGCCGAAUUUGGUAUUAAGUGAUGACGGAAACAACAGCAUCACUACAUCUGACUUCGCAGACGAUAUGAGCCGAGCUCCAAUAUUUCGGAGGAAAAUUUCUUCGCGAAUUCUGUACUCUAUUCGGUUGCAUACUCCUUUCAACAAUACGGACCAAACCCUUCUGGUAGCUGCAGGGGACGAUGGCGUCUACAUAUUUGACUGGAACAAGCAAAUUCUUCCGUUCCUGGAAUCAGGAAGACCUAACGUGCCGAAUUUGCCGAUCACCCCGAUCUCACGGUUUGUUCCCAACCCAUCCGCCAACGAAGGCAAAGUCGAAAUUAACGACGUCCAGAUCCAGGCACACCAUAUAUACGGAGCCGCGGGAGAUUCCUUUGGUUGCUACAAAUGGGAUUUAACAAAGGAAACUUUGGUGACCACGUACCAAUCGCCGCAUCGUGGGUAUCUUCAUGCUUUGGCUCUAACAGCGCCCUGCAACCAGAGAUCUCUUCUUUUGAUGGGAGGCGAAGAUGGCGCUCUGAGCAUUUACGAUACAGCUCACGACAAAUUGGUGGACGCAAUAGACCUGAGCAAUUCAAAAAACACCAAUUCAAACGCAGUCCGUCCUCGAACAUGUCCCAAACGAUGGAUCAGUAGUUGUGAGACGAUCAGCGAUGAUCAAUGGUGGGCUGUGGCUGGAGAAGCUAGCUUCUUGGCAGCACACCGUUAUAUCGGUUGGAAACGAUGGUAUGACAACACAUUGGAAUCCAUUUAG